AUGGUUCUGAUUUUAUCGGUAGAUCUUGUACUGGCGAUAGGACUGACGGAUAGAAAUAUACAGAUAUGGACACGCUCCGAUGGGAAUUUUGUACGAGCAGUCGUAUUAACAGGGCAUGAUGACUGGGUCAAAUCUCUAGCAUUUACACAGUCUGCGUCAGGACGUAAUUUAGUCUUAGCUUCUGCUUCGCAAGACGCUUCUAUCAGACUGUGGAAUUUUGAAAAUUAUCAAAAAGAAACGCGUUUUGACCCUCCGGGAUCUCUCAGCGAUGCACUCCUGGACGCAUUCGAAGAAUCUCUCGGAGAUUUUACCGAUGGAGAAGGUGGACGACAAGUAUCUCUUAAGCGCCAUUUCUUGUCAGUCAAGAGCUCCCAAGGAAGCUCCGUUUACUCCAUUACAUUCGACGCCCUUCUAAUAGGCCACGAAGCCGGAGUCACCUCUGUAUCGUGGCAACCUACUAACGACCAGACUUCUGCCCCGACUUUACUUUCAACCUCAACCGACUCGUCCUUGAUUCUGUGGGCUCCCUCAGCUAUCAUUACAAAGUCUGGGGAUGCGUCAACCUCUUUGUGGAUCAACCGACAAAGAUUCGGCGAUGUUGGGGGGCAACGGCUAGGUGGAUUUGUCGGGGGUAUCUGGAAGAAGAAUGGAGAGCAGGUUAUGGCUUGGGGUUGGUCCGGAGGCUGGCGACGAUGGAGACUCACGACGGGAGCCGAUGACAUCUGGGAAGAGAUGGGGGCAAUUGGGGGGCAUAAUGGUCCUGUAACGGAUCUGGAUUGGAGUCCGAAUGGUGCUUAUCUGAUAUCAGCAGGGCUAGAUCAGACAACUCGCAUUCAUGGACCCGUUCUACAUUUCCCACAGAAACCAUCAUGGUACGAAUUAUCUCGACCUCAAGUGCAUGGGUAUGAUUGCCUGGGCGUCGCGUUUUUGGACGACUUGAAAUUCGCAAGUAUUUCGGAUGAAAAGGUUACUCGCAUCUUCGAAGCUCCUCAGCGAUUCGUCACUUUACUCGAAACCCUUAAAGUAUCUACGUUCGAAGAAAAAGCAAGCGAUCGACCAGUAGGCGCAAGUGUUCCACCUCUCGGCUUAUCAAAUAAGGCCGCUGAAGUUGCUCCUGCCUCGGAAAAUGUCACUUCAAGGAGACCAUUUGAAGGGGAGUUAGCUUCAAUAACACUCUGGCCGGAAGUAGAGAAGAUCUUUGGCCAUGGACAUGAGUCUAGCACCAUAGCUCUAUCGAACUCGAAGAAAUAUCUUGCCACUGCCUGUAGGGCAACAUCCCCAGAGCAUGCUGUCAUACGGCUAAAUGAUACUUCGACUUGGCACGCUGCUGGAGAACCCUUGUCAGGGCAUUCUUUGACGGUGACACGAAUAGCCUUUAGUCCUAAUGACCAGUUUGUUCUGUCUGUAUCAAGAGAUCGAUCGUGGAGAUUGUUCAGACAAGAUUCCGAGAAAGGAUAUAUUCCCUUCCGUACUGAAUCAAAGGCGCACGGGCGUAUUAUAUGGGACUGUGCGUGGUCUCGUGAAGGUGAUAUCUUCGCUACAGCAUCUCGAGACAAAACGGUCAAAAUCUGGGGUGAAACUGCGCCCGAAAAAUGGACUGUCCUGGCGAUGAUCAAAUGUACGGAAGCAGCAACGGCAGCCGACUUCACUUCCAGAGACGCGAACGGAAGACGUUUUAUUGCUAUCGGACUCGAAACAGGAGAGAUUAUGAUCCUUUCGAGCACAGAUAGCUCAAAAUGGAACCCUGAGAACACAUCCGAAAUUCACAUUGCCCAAAUAACAAGACUCAAGUGGCGUUCUCAUCAAAACUCACAAAUAGCAAGUUGCAGUGAAGAUGGUACAUUGAGAAUAUCGACAAUUCAAUAA